AUGGGAAGCCCCCAAAGUGAAGGAAAAAUGGAGGGCUGGCUUUAUCUUAUUCGUUUUAAUCGAUUUGGUCUGCAAUCUUCACGUAAAAGAUACUUCAUUCUUGAAGACUACUGCCUUAAAAGCUUCAAAUCCGUGCCAACUUCUGAGCGCGAGGAGCCAGUAAGAAGCGCAAUCAUAGACUCCUGCAUACGGGUCACAGAUAAUGGGAGGGAGAGCCAUCAUAGAAGAGUGUUCUUCAUUUUCACCUUAUACAAUGCUUCCAAUCAUAAUGAUCAGUUGAAGUUGGGAGCACGCAGUUCAGAAGAAGCAGCAAGAUGGAUCCAAUCUUUGCAGGAGGUUGCACUAAACCCUAAGGAUGUCGCAGCUUCUUCCAAAAGAAAGUGGCAGCCCUUCAGAUUAAACAUAUCCAAGAGGGAUACCCAUAAAAGGUACAUGGAUGGGACUGCUUUAACAUCAAUGCGGGUUGAUGCUAUGACAUCUGAUGUUAUUGCACCUUCACCGUGGAAGAUAUUUGGUUGCCAAAAUGGGUUGAGGCUAUUUAAGGAAGCCAAGGAACGAGAUGCCGGUGGAAAGGCUUGGGAUGAUCAUCCUGCAAUAAUGGCAGUUGGAGUUGUAGAUGGAUCCUCAGAGGCAAUUUUUCGCACGAUAAUGUCACUUGGUCCAUCAAGAACAGAAUGGGAUUUCUGUUUUUACCGGGGCAGUGUGGUUGAGCAUCUUGAUGGCCAUACUGAUAUAGUCCACAUGAAACUUUAUAGCCACUGGCUUCCUUGGGGAAUGAAACGAAGAGAUUUGCUGCUGCGACGAUAUUGGAGAAGAGAGGAUGAUGGCACUUACGUGAUUCUUUACCACUCUGUGGUUCAUAGACGGUGCCCACCACAACCUGGAUAUGUCCGAGCCAGCCUUAAAAGUGGUGGAUAUGUUAUAUCUCCGCUAAAUCAGGGCAAGAAGUCUGUUGUGAAAAAAAUGUUGGCCAUUGAUUGGAAGUUUUGGAAAUCUUUUCUUAGAAAAGCAUCUGCAAGAUCUAUCACUAUUUGUAUGCUUGGCAGAGUUGCAGCUCUGAGAGAGUUAUUUCGAGCAAAGACAGGACAAUUCUCCUUUGAAUUUUCAUCGGAAGAUUUGACAAGUGAUAUUAGCCUUCCUCAUAGUGAAAUCGAGGAGAUAAAGAAGGAAGUUCUUCUAAAAGGAAUUGAGGUGAACAAUAUUGAUAGUGAGGUGCUGCCACAUCCACCUUCAGGAUCUUCAAGUCUUAUGGGGUUAAAUGAUGCAGCUGAUGAGUUUUUUGAUGUUCCUGAACCAUCUGAUGAUGAUGCAGAACAUGGGUGGAUUAUGAGAACGAGUCCUGAAAUGCAUUACAUGGAGACACACCAGCCAAAAUUGUCAUCUGCAGCCAACUUCGUAAAAAUCUUGCAUGAUAUUAGAGUGCAGAAGAGGGGUUAUGUGGACUUACAAGAAAUGGCUUGGGAAGAAAAUGUAGCUUGCCGGUUUGGAGCCACUCUUGCAAAAGAUUUGAGUUUUAGCAUGCCUUGCACUUGGGCAGGUGCUGAUCCUUCAUCUUUUCUGAUCCGUGGAAGUACUUAUUUGGAAGAUCACCAAAAGAUCAAGGCAAAAAGUACGUUGAUGGAAAUGGUCGCUGCGGAUUGGAUUAGAUCUGAUAAGCGUGAAGACAAUCUUGGUGGUCGCCCAGGAGGCAUUGUUCAGAAAUACGCAGCUCAAGGUGGCCCGGAGUUUUUCUUCAUCAUUAAUAUACAGGUUCCUGGCGCGACUCAAUAUAAUCUAGCACUGUACUACAUGAUGAGAAGUCCAUUACACGAAACACCUCUACUGGAAAGCUUUGUUAAUGGAGAUGAUGCUUAUAGGAAUUCAAGGUUUAAGCUCAUACCAUACAUAUCAAAGGGGUCAUGGAUAGUGAAGCAGAGUGUUGGCAAAAAAGCUUGUUUGGUUGGUCAAGCCCUUGAAGUGAAUUAUUUUCGAGGAAAGAAUUACCUGGAGCUCGACGUGGAUGUUGGUUCAUCAACCGUGGCGCGGGGAGUGGUCAGCCUUGUGCUAGGAUAUUUGAACAACCUUGUAAUAGAAAUGGCAUUCUUGAUCCAGGGCAACACUCAAGAAGAGCUUCCAGAAGUCCUCCUUGGAACAUGUAGGCUUAACCAUCUAGACGCGGCGAAAACGGUUGCAGCUGACUCCAUUGACAGCUAG